AUGUUAUAUUUAUAUCGUAAUUUGUCUAAUUCUUUUCAAAACCGUUUAUUAACAUUAUUAUUAAAUAAUGAUAAAAAUAAUGACGAAAAUAAAAUAAAGGAUAAGAUAGAGAAAAAUAAAGAAAUUGAUAAAAUUGACAAGAAUGAAUUUAAUCAAGAGAAUAAUGAUGGAUUAAAAUAUCAACCAAGUAUUAAUGAUAUAUUAGAUCUUUUUGGUUCAAACCAAACAACAAUAACAACAUCAUUAUCAUCAUCAUCUAUUUUUAAACAAGAACAAGAAGAAUCUUCAUCAUCAAAAGAUAAAAAAGAGAUGGAUAAUUUUUUAUUUAAUUUUUCAUUAAAUGAACUCAAAAAAUCUUUAUCACAAACUAUUUCAUUAUCAACAAUAUCAUUAUCUUCAACAUCAUCUUUAAAUAAUGAGAUAGCAAAAUGUCUAAUUAAUUACACUACAAAUAUUGGAAAACAUAUGUUAGUUGAAUUUAAUAAGAAAGCACUGAAAUUUUACAAUCCAGAUGAUAUGCUAGUAUUGAAAAUUAGAGUAUUGGAUGAAAAAAACAUUUCAAGAGAUCCUUAUCGACAUUUAUGUGUUUUAGAGUUUUACCUACCUUGUGAAGGAGCAGUAUUAAAAGAACGUCAGAAAAUAAAUGAAGAAAUGGCUCAACUCAUACCAAUAUCAAUAAUAAACGUAAAUACUGAAAAUCAAGUGGAUUAA